AUGUUGCGGCAAGGACACCUCAAAGAGUUUCUAAGCGACAAAGGGAGAAAUAACUUCGUUAGAGGACGUGAACACCAAUGUCCGCCAAAGCUACCAUCACCAGCUCGUACUAUCAACACGAUCAACGGCGGCAGCGAUGACACCUCUAUCAACAGCGUUAAAUUCACCACCACUCAAAAACUCAAGCGAUCUAUCACACACGAACAGUAUGACGGACUCGAAGAAAGUAUCAUCUUCGAUGAGUCAGAUGCUGAUGAUUUGACUUUCCCUCAUAAUGAUGCCCUUGUCAUUACUUUAUGCAUUUUAGAUACUGAUGUCAAAUGUAUCAUGAUGGACGAUGGAAGUGGAGCAUGCAUUAUCCAUCCCCGAGUCCUCAUCCAAAUGAGACUCAAGGACAAGAUAGUGUCACACUGUGUCACACUAAUCGGUUUUAAUAAUGCAGUUAAACAGACAUCGGGAGAAUAUACACUCCCUGUCUUGGCCGGUGGCGUGACGCUGGAGGCGAUAUUCCACAUCAUGGACCAGACUACCACGUAUAAUGCCAUAGUAGGACAGCCAUGGAUACAUCCCAUGAAAGCCACCCCCUCCAGCCUAUACCUAGUAAUCAAAUUCCAAACACCUUGGCAGAUAUUCAGCAUAAGCGGAGAAUAG